AUUCAGUUCUCAAUCGUCCACCCUGGUCUCUUUUCCAUCUCCCUCACUUCAGAACUAUCUCCAUCUCUAUCUCGACGUUCUCCUGACUCCGCUACUCUCUCCAUGGUCUGAGUUUAAUUUUGGUUUUGGAGAAGGAAAGGGAAAGGGAAAGGGAAAGGGAAAGUGCUCUUAUAUUUUUGUUUAAGUUAGGAAUUUAAGUUUAUUUUAAAGUCUCGGAGCACAAAAGAAGAUAGAAUUAGUGGUACAAGUUCAUAUACAAAACAAUAUGACAAAGAAAAUCAUGAAACUUUGCAGUAAGUGCAACCGCCUCGAAAGGAAACGAAAGAAAGUGUCUCCUAAAUCAUGGUACUACAAGGAGAUUUUUUACAUGAUUGAGUUUUUAAGCAAAAAUUAUUUGAGGACGCAGAGUGAAGAGAGAGAGGAGAAGGAGAAGAAGGAGAAGGAGAAGGAGAAGGAGUCAAUAAUCUCUCAACCUAGUGCUGCAGAAAACAUGGAUGUUGAUGAACAUAAUAGUAAUAAUAGUAAUAGUGGUGGGUAUGUUUGUUUCCUGAGAAAGGUGCUCAGAGAAGAAUCAGGAGACAACCAUCACAUUCACAUUCACAUGCUCAUGGCAAUUGCAGUUCAUGCCAUUCUUAUAGAGUCUGGUUUCGUUGGAUAUGAUCCGAUUUCAGGAGAUCGAGUCGAUCAUAAGUUUCAUCAAGUAUUUGUUGUUGAUGAUGAUCAUUGUCGGCCCUCGGUGUCGUUUUGCUACACCUUAUCUGAGAUUUUUGAAAAUAACAACAAUAAUGGUCAUAAACCACAAACAGUAGUAGCAAAGUUGGAUUUUGAAAGUUUUGGGCAAUGUUUGACUGUCUCUGCAGGGUCAAGUAGUUGUGGAUCGGAAGAAGAAGAAGGAUCGGUAGUAUUUCAAGUAUCGUUAUACGAUCAUAAACUAGAAUCAAUACUUCGUUUUCCAUUGUUAGCACAACACCGCAACGGUUUAGAACAAUUCUUUUUAAGUGUGAGAGAUGAACUUGCCUUUCCUCUCAAGAUAAAGCUCCGGGAAGAGGCCGGGUUGCCUAGUCUGCCAUGCUUUAUGGGACUCCACUCAGAUCUGAAGAUGAAGAUUUUGGAGUUUCUUCCGGGUACUGAGGUGGCUAAGUUGGAGUGCACUUGCAAGGAAAUGAGGAUUUUGUCCACCAAAAAGCAAAGCAACAAAUUUUGGGAGACACGGAUUCCAUGUUGUACGUGUGGUCUUCGUCAUCACGGUAAAAGGUUUAUCUAUUGGAAAAAAGUGUAUGAAGAUUAUUACGAGGAAAUUAUUGGUGUCAAUAUGUACUUAGAGGAACGUGAUGAAAGGAUGAAGAGCAGGGAGAAGAUUAUCAAGGAGCCAAAGAACAAGGGAAAAUCUUUGCUUAAAGGUAAAAGGAUCAAGAUUACAUAGGAAAAUGAUUAGAUUAAUGUGCUAGCAGGUAUUUUUUUAAGUCAUGCUAAUUUAACUCUUUAUCUUUUCAAUUCUCUUGACAAAAUGUACGGUUUCUCUUUUAUUCUUUCCAUUUUUUAAAUAAUGGAUGAGAUCACAAGGGGCCCAACAAUGCUUUAAAAUGACAUUCCCUCUAAUAUAGAUUUAGAAAUUUGAUAUAAAAUAGAGAAAAUAGUUUUGGUGA